CGCUAUAAACGGGCUCUCUUCGGAUUUGGAGGUGGGAGGGAUCACAGUGGUGGCCUCAACGGUCUCUAUCGUGCCACCGGAAUAAUGGAUAUGAUUGGUAGCGGAUUGAGGUUAGGCACAGAAGCAACAAAUCUUGGAGGAACCAUCUUAUCGUAUGGAAUGCCCCAAGGACAGUUUGGUGCACUGCCGCAGGCACAAUAUGGUGCACCAAUGCAAGGACAAUUUGGAGCACAAGCGCAGUAUCCAUCGGAUAUAGAGUUACAGACUCUACAAGAUACACAGACACAGGCUUGCAAUACGCAAUUCUCGUACUACGCCUCCAAUGGCAGUCCAGUCUACUUAUGUGACUGUCCAGGUGGAAUCUCGUAUCAGUACCUAAGAUGCGUGAAUCCAGUGGAUUAA